AUGGCCGCGCUUCGCGCCGCGUUUCUCGGCGUGCUUGUUGCGGCAGUCGCGUCGUUCGUGUACAACGACCCGCUCGCUCUUCGCCAGCCGGUAGACGUGUCGCCCGUCCUCCUCCCGCCGCUUGCCGUGCCAGCAGCUAGCGACCCCUCCAACCGCCUUGCUUCCGCCGAGAUUAUGUACGCAAACGAGGGGAUCGGCCCUGAGAGUCUCGCCAUCGACGCCAACGGCGCGGGCCCUUACUCCGGCCUUGCGGACGGCCGCGUUGUGCGGCGCAGCGCGGACGACAGCCAAUGGGAGCCCUUCGCUCAGGCCUCUCCGAAUCGCACCUCUCAGUUGUGUGACAUUCCGCCUAAGUCACAGCCCGACCCGGCUAAGGAGCCUCUUUGCGGCCGGCCCUUAGGCCUGCGGUUUCACCCUGUAACCGGAGAGCUUUAUAUCGCGGACGCGUACUAUGGGCUGAAUCGGGUUGGCUUAAAAGGGGGUCUGGCGGAGCAGCUGGUUGGGGGAAAACUGGUGGACGGGCAGAAGGUGUCGUUUCUCAACGACCUUGAUAUUGACGCGGAGGAUGCAAACGGAACAGUGUAUUUCACUGUAACGAGUACGAAAUACGAGAUGAGGAACUUCCUCUCCAUGAUUCUGGACGGCAGGGCGGACGGCGGAGUGUACAAGUACGAGCUGGCGACGGGGGAGGUGACUCAGCUGGUGGCGGGGGUGGCCUUCGCCAAUGGGAUAGCUCUCUCUGCGGAUUGCUCCUUCCUCGUUUAUUGCGAGACCAUCCGAGCCAGGUGCAACCGGUAUUGGCUCAAGGGCAGCAAGGCAGGCAGCCAUGAGGUGAUGGUGGAUUUGCCAGGCGUGCCCGACAACCCCCGACUCAACCCCCGCGGCCGCUUCUGGAUCGCCAUGCCUGCCUACCGAACCUCCGCCUAUGCCCACAUGUCCCUCUCACCGCUCCCUACCUCCCUCAUCCCUCCAACCCGCACUUUCCUCCACUCCUCAACCCACUAUCCCCCUCCUCUCCCUACCCCAAUCUCCCCCUCCUCUCCAGAUUUCCUCGCCCGCACGCCCCGCCUGCGCUCCAUCCUCCUCCGCCUCAAUCUCCACCCUCUCCUCCUCUACGCCGGAAUUUUCGGGCUGCCCAAUGGGUUAAUCGCGGAGGUGGACUCGUCCGGGCAGAUCACGGAGAUUUUGGAGGACCGGGCGGGGAAGCGGGUGCAAGCACCGAGUGAGGUGAUGGAGAGGGAUGGGAAGCUGUGGAUCGCGUCUCUCAUAGUGCCCCACCUGGCUGUGCUGGACUAUACACCAGGAGGAGGCACCGCCGCUGCUGCUUAA